GCUGGCCUACCUCUGCCUCCCAAGUGCUGGGAUUAAAGGCAUCCCAGUACAUACAUAAAAAAUCUGGGCAUGGCUGUGUGUGCCUGUAACCACAAUGCUGGAGGUCUGAGACAGAUCUAGAAAGCUUGGUGGCCAGCUAGCUGGUGGCCUAUCUGAAACUGCAAACUUCAGGCUUUCUCAAGGCAGUAUGGUGAAGAGAAAGACGCCCUGUAUCUUGCUCCAGCCACCUCAUGCUGUUGCACCAGAAUACUCACAUUCAUGCAUCAUAAAAACCUCCCAGUAUUGAAAGGGUCUUAUUACGAAGUAGAUUGGGUUAAUAAUUAAAUUUGGAGCGCAGUUACAGUGGAGAAUAGCAUGAAUUAGCAUCAAAGGUUUAACUGGGCACAGACUUGUUGAAGGACCUAUAUUCUAUGCUCCACUAUUAACAGUGUCUUUGUAGAGUUUGUAAAACAGAAGUUCCUAGCUGGCAGGACCAUUAUGGCAAUGAAGAUGGUUCCUUUUAUAAUCUCAUCAAUCAUUUCGUUACAACAGAGAACAAUAGUGGUCGUCCAGAUUAUUAAAACAAAUUCCUCACGGCUGGAGAGACAGCUCGACAGUUAAGAGCACUGGCUGUUUGUCCAGUUCUAUUCCCUUAUGGUGGCUGACAACCAUCUGUAACUCAGUUCCGGAUCUCCGGCCUGCUGGUCUCAGCACAUACAUGGUGUACUUACACACAUGAAGGCAAUCAACAGAUAUAAAAUGAGAAAAAAAAAGAUCUCUUUCUUUGGUGUGUGUGUGUGGGGUCAUUAUGGGUACUAAGUAUAAAUCAUCUUAAUGUUUCUCAACCUUAGCUAUAUUUUCAUAUCAUUUUGGAGUGUAUUUUUAAAAAUUAUGGUCUCUGUUCUACUUGAGAUAGGCUUAUUCUAGUUAUCGUUUUGUGCAGGAAGGAAUACUGGAGCUUAAAUCUGUCAUGUUCAUUGGCUCCUACUUUUCUAGAAAAUUUCACAAAAGGAACAAAGCAAAACCAUAUGUCAAUCUUCUACUUGGCUUUUUGUUGUCUUUUUGAGACAGGGUCUCCCUGUAGCCCCAGGUGGCUGGAACUCGCUAUGUAGACCAGGCUGGCCUGGAACUCAGACUUUUGCCUGCCUCUGCCUCCCGAGGGCUGGGAUUAAAGGCACGCUCCCUAGGCUCCCACAGCCUUUAAAACCCGUCAAAGUUCCAUUCCACGAAUUCCGCAGACUGUCUAGACGCACCACGAGCGAAAUCACUUCCUGCCAAGGAGCUGACCCGAGGAGAGCGCCACAGACGAGUGGCCCCAGCUGCAGGACCCGCCUCGCAGGGCCCAACUGCAGGUCGCAGCCAGGCAGGGGAACAGGUGGCGAGGGCGGGAAUCUCUCCCCGCCACGCCCCCCGCAGCCCUCUGCAAUCGAUUGGUAGCGCCUUUGCGGUGCGUUCGGAGGUCCGCUAGCGAGGCCUGUGGGGGCGGAGCCUUCGCCGUCACCACCUCCGCAGCGCGCCUGGUUUGUGAGGAAGGGCCUAGGCCCAGGCCUGCAGUCGCUAGGUCGCCGAUCGCUUCCCGACGUCCGGUCGGCUCCAGCUUCGCCCACUUCCCGUCCCCAGCGGGCCGGGUGAGGGGAAGGCCUGCCGGAGCCAUGGAGGAUGAGGUGGUUCGCAUUGCCAAGAAGAUGGACAAGAUGGUGCAGAAAAAGAACGCGGCUGGAGCAUUGGAUUUGCUGAAAGAGCUUAAGAAUAUUCCCAUGACCCUGGAAUUAUUACAGUCUACACGAAUUGGAAUGUCGGUUAAUGCUAUUCGAAAGCAGAGUACAGAUGAAGAAGUUACAUCUUUAGCAAAAUCUCUAAUCAAAUCUUGGAAAAAAUUAUUAGAUGGACCAUCAACUGAUAAAGACACUGAAGAAAAGAAAAAAGAACCUACAAUUUCAUCACAGAAUAGCCCUGAAGCAAGAGAAGAAAGUAGUUCCAGUGGCAACAUAAGCAGCAGAAAGGAUGAGACAAAUGCUCGCGAUACUUACGUUUCAUCUUUUCCUCGGGCACCAAGCACCUCUGAUUCUGUGCGAUUAAAGUGUAGGGAGAUGCUUGCCGCAGCUCUCCGAACAGGAGAUGACUAUGUUGCUAUUGGAGCUGAUGACGAAGAACUAGGAUCUCAGAUUGAGGAAGCUAUAUAUCAGGAAAUAAGAAAUACAGACAUGAAAUACAAGAACAGAGUACGAAGUAGGAUAUCAAAUCUUAAAGAUGCAAAAAAUCCAAACUUGAGGAAAAAUGUCCUGUGUGGGAAUAUUCCUCCUGACCUGUUUGCUAGAAUGACAGCAGAGGAAAUGGCUAGUGACGAGCUCAAAGAGAUGCGGAAAAACUUGACCAAAGAAGCCAUCAGAGAGCAUCAGAUGGCCAAGACAGGUGGAACCCAGACUGAUUUGUUCACAUGUGGCAAAUGUAAAAAGAAGAAUUGCACUUAUACACAGGUACAAACACGUAGUGCUGAUGAACCAAUGACAACGUUUGUUGUGUGUAAUGAAUGUGGAAAUCGGUGGAAGUUCUGUUGAGUUGGAAGAAUUGACAAAAUAUCUGGACCAUUAAGAAAAUAAAUUUUGUAAUUAGCUUUAAAACUAGGCCAGACAACUAGUUUUCUUGCAAGUCAGAUUUUUAAACAACACAUCCCAUGAAUUAGUCCUUGUUUUCACUGAACAUUAUUGUGUUCAGAAACCUCAGAUAACCAGAUACUCUUUUGCAUCUGUAACUGCAACAAACUCUUUGUAUUUCUCAUGUAUGUACAUUACUUGUUUUUACUAGAUUUUACAUUUGGGAACAUGACUAUUGAAAUUGGUUUGGUUUUGUUGUUUACUUACCUGUUUGUUCUGUAUCUUAGGUUUGUGGAGCUCUGUGGUUGCCUCUAGGCUUUUCACAAAUCCCUCACAGGCAAAGAAUGAAUGCUUCUGAUGCUUUUUCCCAGUAGGAAGAAAACGUUAGCAUCUUAGUACAGUGGAGUUCCAAUAAACAGUCGUUACUUGACUUUAACUUGGGAAUCUGUACUGACCCAGGAUUAAGCAUAGGAAUUGUGUAAAUCAUUAAAGCUAUGGACUUUCCAUGUGGAGGUUGAUGAAAACACUUUUUUAAUUCUGAAUCUUUUGUGCUGACCUUACAUGAUGAUGAGAUUGUUGAGCUAACUGAGAAUGUGGGCUGUAGCAACUAGUUUUACAACCCAGGUUUUACAUUGUUUACUUUUGUUUAAAUGUGUGCCAUUGGUUUUGUUGGUAGCAAGUCUACACAGAUUUUUCCUUUUUUGAGACAGGGUCUUACUCUGCAUCCCUGGCUUGCCUCCUACUCACUGUGUAGAUUAGGCUGGCCUUGAACUCAUAGAGAUACGCCUGCUUCUGCCUUCCCAGUGCUGGGUUAAAGGGAUGUGCCACCACUGGCUUUGCCACAUAGUUUUCUUGAUACAGGUGUUGUAGUGCACAUUAAAGCCACUAUUGCAAGUUUAUAAUUUAUCAUGCCGACUCUGCAUCCUGUCAGACUCCAAGGUAUAUGUAUACACCAAGGUAUACACCUCUGUAUAUGUGUCGAGCUCUUCUGUGCUCUUUUUCUCAUUUCUUAUCUGCAGAUUAUUUUGACAUGAACAUUCAAAUGUCCAUAUUGAGGAUUGGCCUGUGGGUAGUUUCUAUCACUUUAAAAAUAAAAGAACAUUUUUGAAAGAAUUAGUUUAAAAAAUAAUGUUAAAAUAGUCCCACUUUUAAAUUAAGUGUUCCAUUUUAAAAUUUGUAAUUCAAUAAAG